CCAGCAAGAGUAGCCUAGCGCGAGAUGCUAUGCGAGUUUGAUCAAUGAGAGUUCUGGGCAGGUGAUAAACUUUCCCAGCCUCGAUUCGCGUGUAGUCUUGCGAGCUGUUUAAAAAUGUGAACUGGUUUGAAUUCAUGACGCGGGACUGCAAUCAAAACAAAGCAUGUCCCACAAACAUAUUCGAGAGGAAAAUAAAAUAAAUUCCUCUAGUAAGAAUCUUCCAGUUGUGUCAAAGUGUUUAGCGAUUGUUUUGGUUCCUAAAAGUAGGGGGAAUUCUGGAAAUGUUUUGGAUAACGAUGAAACUCAUAUCGACUCAUCGGAUGGAAAUGUUGUUCAGUCCUCUGAGGUUCAAAAAGCUCUUUCACCCAGUGGAUAUAACGGUAAAGAGCUGUUACAAGAUUUCAAAAUUAGAAACAAAACGUGUUAUUGGAAUCCUUCACUUGUGGAAAGUAUUAAAAGUUUGGAGUAUAAAGGUUUUGUUGAACCAUCAACUAUUUUAGUCACAGGUGAAGAUAUUCAUCUUGAAAAUCUCAGAUCAGCAUGGGGAAGGCGAGUGCUUAAAGCACCAGGAGGAUUUACUAUAGACAGAAUAGGUGACGUGAAUGGCAUUCAGAUGCAAGUGAUUCCACAGACUCAGUUUAUGCCCCUGCCCGAUGCUCUGUGCAGCAUCAUCAUGGAUUUAAACAUGAGGAGGAUAGUAGCCACACUGGAUGUCAUCUACGAGAAGCUCAGUCACUGGUACAAGGAUAUGACUGUACCAUCUCAGCAGUUGGUGUUUGAAACUCUGGGCAAUCUCAUCAAGGACAGGAAAGUCUUCCACACAGGGAGCGGUUACUUUGUGGUUACGCCAGACACCAACAGGUUACAGUCUAACAGUAAUUCCUCCUACCUGCCAACCAAUGCAUCAUGGUUACCCUACCAUCCCAUGUAUGUUCCUGUCUUUCAAGGUCAGGUGGGACAACAGCCUCCAAUGUUACCAUCAAGGGCUCAUAUGAGGUCCAUAUCUUGCCAGGUGACUACAAUUGAAGAAUCUUCAGAUGAAGAGGAACUUCCACGUGAAAAGUUAAAAAAUGGAUCAACUGGUAAAUCUUCCAGAGCCAGCAGCCUGGGCAGAACUAAAGAGGAGAAGAAAGUUGUCAAGUCAAAGUCUGAUGAGGGUGUAGAAUUGAAGAGAUCCUCAUCCAUCAAAUACAAAGGAGAUAAAGGGAGUAAGAUGGUGAAAGAUGUCAACCUUAAUGUCAAAUCUAACAACAUCAACCAAGAAAAGGAAAAAGGGGAAAAAACUUCAAUUUUUUCUAAAAUAUUUGGAAGAAAAAAGAGAGAUAAAGAUAAGGAUAAACUUCUUAUGCCUCCACCUCCUGUACCUCCUUUACGUCCAUCCACUGUGACGGAGGUGAGCAAUGAAGGGAAAGAGCCUAAAGAGAAAGAAUAUGCUACAUUCUCAGCUCAGUUUCCUCCCCCUGAAUGGCUUUGGUACCAGCAGCAGCUUGAUAAACAGAAGCGGACUGAGUCAUGGGUCUCUGUGGUCACUCAGCAGACCACCAGGAUAUCUUCUGCCCCAUAUGUCUCUAAAGUCACCACUCUGCCCCCAAGUGGAGCACGCCCAGUCAAUGAUCAACGCUAUCAGAGUACCAAGAAGUUGCAAGUCCUUCCUCAAAAUGUUGACUACAUGGCGAUGAAUGCUAUAACUAAAGUAAAGGAUAAAAAGCAGGUUACAGAAGUAGCGACACAUGAAAGUGACUUUGUUAAACCAAGGCCACUACGGCCUGACAAUCUUUAUGAUAGCUUCAGGAAUUCCAGACAUCAGCCCAGAAAAUUCAGGGAUUUGGAGGAGGGCAGUAAGCAUCCAACUGAUUAUGAUGUGGUAAACCCUGCGGACAUUACCCCCUUUCAGAAUUCCAACGUUUAUCAUUCAGUAUCAGCAUUGUCGCCUGUGGCCCACCUUAGUGAUGAGAGCACUUAUGCAAAACUGAUUGAGCAGCCAAAACUUGGGCCUAUGCACUCAACACCUCGCUACGAGGGACAAAAUGAUAGGACAAAUUAUAGGGUGGAGGGUCAUGAAGCCAGGGACAGAAUUUACGGGCCGCCACACUUACCUCAUAGAAGAAGGUCUCACAGGUCACGAAAGCGGACACAUAAAAUUUAUAGCUAUUAUGGACAAGGUGAUGACAUCAGCUAUGAAUAUAAAGGUCGUCUUCCUAACAAAAACUCUUCAACAUUGCAAUCUAGAGACAGUGGUGUUAACUGUGUAGGUCUUGCUGCUGCAGAAAAUAAAGACAAACGCUUUGGGGGCCCAGUCUAUGAAAAUACCACUUCCAAACAGUAUAGAGAUUUACCUGCAAGAAAUAUAGCCAACCAAAGCCGUGUACAUUUUGAAGAUAGCCAAAAUAGCACUAAUCAAAAUGCUCACUUUACUACAGAUCCAGCACUGUGUUCAGUUGUCUAUCAGGGGGAUAUGACCAACCCAGCAGCCUAUAAUUCUGUUGUGUAUGGAAGUAAUGUGACAGACAUGGUUGUGGGAUCUUCUGUCAUGUAUCACACUAUCACUAACUCUAAUCUAGAGAACUCUGACUUGCCAGUCCCUCAAAACUCACUUCCCAGUAUUUAUUAUGACAAUGCUGCUUUCGGUCCUAAGAUAAUGAGCCUCAGAUCCGACAUCAACCCCAAGACUGUUGUUGAUGAUCAUGUGAAUAAGUUAGAAUCUGUUCUUGAAAUAGGAUCUCCAUCUGCCAGAGAAAUUUCUGGAUCUUCAGGGGGUAUGAUAGAGCUUGCAGAUGCCCAUGAUAGAACAGAAAUUGAUAUUGGUAAUAAGCAUUAUGUUGAAAUAGUGGAAGUUGUAGAUGAUUAUGAGUCAGAGGAGGAAAGUGAUGAGAGUGACGAUGAUCAUGUUAACAGUGUGGAGCCUCAUGUACAGAUAGAGCACCAUGCUAUUCAACCUCAGCCACAUGCUCUUAAGAAAGAAGAUGUGAUGGCCAAAAAUGGAGUGGACAAUUUAGUUUCAGAUAGUGGCUUCAGUUCACCCAGAAACCCAGAAUCUGGAGCUGACAAAAGAGCUCAAACACUGGGCCAGUCCAGAUCUGCAAAUGAUGCACUAGUGCAUGGAGGUGACAGCAGUAGUGAUGCUCAACUGAGCCAACCAGAUAACAGUACCAACAGCAGUGCUGCUCAGCAAAGUGGUUCAGCUAGUAGUGGACUGCAGGCCAGCAGUGAUGUCAUCAUGGCUACUAGCAGUGAACAACACAGUGGCUCCACCACUGAUAAUGCUGAAGCUACUGCUGUCUCUCCAGUUGAAAACCUUCAUCAGAAUGACCCCUCUAGACCUAUUUUAAGGGUGAAACAAAGUCAUUCUGCCAAUUCCAUCAAAUCUUUCAACAACCCUCAGCAUUCUCAUCACCUUUAUCCUCAGCUUCCAUCGCAGCCACUGCAAUCGGCUUUCAUACAUCCCUAUCAACCGGCUGCCAAAAUGGUGCCUCACCCAGAUGUAUAUAAUAACAAUAACACAGCCAGCGUUGUAUAUUCAGAUCAUAGCCGUCCAUUUCAUGCCCCACUUCACCCCCCUACCACUAGUCUGCUCAAUAACCAAAAGCCAGUGGCUUUUAAAUCAAAACGUAUAGAGCGUCCACGGUCUGUAGACUUAUGGAGAAACCCACCAAAUGAACUCCACAAGUUUGAGGAAGAGCAGUUGAACAAAAAAUAUGGUGUCAAUGGUGAAUUUGAAGUAAUGGGAGUAUUGUAACAUAAAAUUGUUUGCCCUGUAACAUUGCUCAUUUGUCACAGCUUGUGAAGGUUGCUCUCAAUUUCCCAGGUGCUAAUAUUUUUAUAGCAUACAUUUUUCAAUGUGCACAAAAUGUUUUUAUGUUACUUUGUUUCAUUUAGUUCCACAAAUUUUGAAUUUUAAAGAAAUUUUUUAUACAUUUUUUUCAGCUCCAGACUGUUAGGAGGGGGUGGAAAUAAAUUGAACCUCUUUUAAUGGCAGUAUAUCUUCUUUUAAUGGAAGAAAACAAAACAUUCUUUACAUAUCAAUUUACCAAAAUCAUUUUUAUGUUUUGAUUGGCAUUUUUUUAAAAGCUGAAUAUUUUAUUUACAAGAAACAAUCUUGAGCUUUUUGAACAUUUAUUGUGAAAAAUGUGUCUGCAGGUUUGAUACCAUCCUAUGAAGAGGACUAUUUCUCUGUGUAUUAACAUUUAUUGUAAAAAAAAAAAUGUGUCUGCAGGUUUGAUGCCAUCCUAUGAAGAGGACUAUUUCUCUGUGUACUCACUUUUGUUGUGAAUGUUGUACAUAGCUUUUGUACGUUGAUACUAAUUUAUUGUUUCUGUGAUUCGGUUUCAACAAGUUCAUUACAUUCUUCUCUGAUUGCUCACUAUACAUUUUAUUUUGGUAUGAAAUGACACUUUUUCUUUAAAGUAGCUCAUAUUUGUGAUGCCAAGCCACUUGAGUAAUGGAACUUUAUACAAAUUGAAUAUACUUAUAGAUAAGCUAUAUAAAAAAAAAUAAAGACUGGAAGUUUGAGGAAAACUGAAAACAAAAAAAGUUUUAUCAGAGCUUUGUUUAUCAGCAUCUAAUAGGGGGUGUUCCUUCAAAUUCAUUAACUGACUGAAACCACUAUGUCACAUCAACACUAAGAAGGCAUAUUACUUGUCUCUGCUAGUAACUUCAAAUUUAUUUGCUUGCAGGCCUAAGAGGCCAUUACUCAGAUACAAGAAAGCUGUAAUCAUUAUUUUUUUAAACAACUAAAUAGAAUUUAUCAAUGAACUCAAUUACUUUAAAUUGGCUCAAGUUUUGGCAAACGGUCGACUUUAACCUCAAGAAUAUUGUAAAUAGUAUCAAUUUGUAAUAAUUUACAAGUGAUGUACUAUUGAAGUGCAUGAAUGUGUGUUGUAAGAUUGUUUGUAUAGAUAUCAACCAUGUUGGUAUCAACAAACCUUAGUCAUGUUUUUAUGAAGUGCAAAUUCUGUAAUUGUAUCAAAAAAAUAAAACAAAUUUGUUAUUUUGCUUUUAA